AUGGCAGAGGUCAUCGGUCUGGUAGCAUCUCUCAUCACCCUGGCAGGUGCGAGUGCGCAGCUAGCCAGGACGCUGCUCGACGUCGCUAAUGUCAUCAAAUCCGCAGAGUACGAAGCUAGGCUCAUUGCUGCAGACAUCAAUGUAUUCUCAAGCUCUCUAACACAGUUGAGUAUGGUUGUGGACACCCCAAACAUCAAGACGGAAAAGCUUCGCGAAAUUACUGUCGUCUUGAUCGCUGCAUGCAAAACACUCAUAGAGGAUUUAAAGAUGCUCAUCGGAGAGCCGGUUCAGCACAACCCUGCAAGACGCGCUUUCACCAUAUCGAUGGUACGAUUCCGUUUCAGGUGGAUGAAAGUCGGGCCUAAGGUCAUGUUUGUCAAGAGCCUGAUCGACUCUUUCAAAACCACUAUCAUCGUCCUUGUCUCCACGAUGAACUUAGCCGUCGUGCUGGAGCGGAAUGCCCCCGAAUCUAUAAGCGAAAAUCUGAAAAUACAGGUUGAGAGCAACAUCAAAUUUGCGGAACACGCUACCGAGUGUCUGCGCUAUCACACGACUGUUCAGCAAGACGAGGAUUCAUCUUUCACGCCCACUGUGGAUUCCAGCGCUGCAACGGAAAUUGAAGACGCGGCACAAGGUGCUGGGGGGGCGCUAAUUGUGUCUAGGUCGGGGCCUCUGGACAAGCGCAGCCUAGCAGUACACGACGCAACACUUGUCACAAAUCCAGACUUUGAGCACGAUGAGUUCGCCCUCCAAAUCUUCCGCGAUUUCACGCAAGCAAUCGAAAUGCAGCAGAUGUCUAGCGCGUUAGCCAAAGAUGUGCUGGAUUAUCCUAGCCGAAAAGCGGCAUGGGACUGGGAUGCCUCCGAGAGCUCCUCUGUACACAAGCGCACAGACUCAGCUAGUGAUGUCGUUACCCCCGCUGCACCUGAAGAGUCAACCCCCCCUAAGCGUGAAUCUCGAUCAACGGCGAGGAAGGCCGACCGCUCGACAAUAAAUGCGGGAGCUCGCCGGCAGAAACCCUCUAGGUAUAAGGACGAAGAGACGGCGCGUUAUGGCAAUCAACAGGAACGCAAUCCGCGUAGUCGCAGCUAUGAAGUUGACAGACUGGCGAAUCUUGAAAGAUUGAUUUUAAUUCAGAAAGAUGAGCAGCUCAAGAGGGAAGCUGCUGCGGAUGCGGCACGCUAUGUAGAGCGACAAGCAGCCGAUAUGAAAGAUGCAAGGAUAGCUGAGGAGAAGAAAGCAGCGAGUGAGAAAGCAAAGCUCAUGUUAGAGGCUGCGCAAAGGGCAAGAGAGGCGGCUGAAGAGAAGGCAGCAGAGGAGCAGAAGUCUAUAGAAGCCGCUCAUGCGAGAGCCCUACAGGACGCGAAAGAAGCGGCGCAAGAAUUAGAGAAAGCAAAGAUACUUGCACCAAAGACGAGUGCGCCCAUUAUCUUCCAUGACCCCGUUGGUCGUAAGUUCGAAGGCCCCUGGCGUUUGUGUAGCACGUGGGAGGGGAUGAGGGAAUUCCUCGAUAAGAUCUGUGCUGGAUCACAAGAGGUCUACAAGCUAAUGCACAGCGGAGAGUACGACCUUGUUAGAGGUGACGACGUCAUCAUCCUAACGGGGUUGUGGGAUAGCAUGGUUGUUCCUGGAUCAUCAAUAACGAUGCGCGCCAGAACUUCAGCCGAGAAGAAAGCUCCGUGGUUUCGUAGGUCGGUAGGAAAGGGAGGUGGCUAA